AUUACAGGCGUGAGUCAUCAAGUCUGGCCUUACAUUGGUCAUUUUCUUAUUUCAAACUAAGUGAAUAAUCCUGACUGGGAAGUAGAAGCCUGAACUCAGUGACUGCAAGCUAAGGAUAGUUUUGCCUGCAAAGGGAGAUCAUUGAAAAAGCAGCUGUUCUGCCUGAGGAGCCUCCCCUGCAGAUGUCCUGGCCUGCUCACAAUAGCCAUGGACAGAGCCUUUAUACUUAGAGAAACCACAGAGCCCUGAAAACCUUGAAAUCCACAGGCAGAUGCAGUUGGGAUUGGCACAAAGGUGGGGUUGGGAGGCUCUUUCUGGGAAUGGAGUUGUUAUUGUUCUGAGGUUGUUUCUAGAUUUUGUAAAAUAUGAUGAAUCUAGAUUUAGGUAAGAAGUUAUUUUUUUAUUUUUAUUUUUAUCUUUUGAGCCAGGGUCUCAUUCUGUUACUCACGCUGUAGUACAGUGGCAUGAUCUCGGCUCACUGCAACCUCAGUCUCCCAGAUUCAAGCGAUUCUCCUGCCACAGCCUCCCUAGUAGCUGGGACUACAAGCAGGCACAUCGACGCCCGCCUAAUUUUUGUAUUUCUAGUCGAAGGUUUUGCAAAGCCUCCUGGAAGAAUAGCUGAAGGCAGCUGUUCUAUAAGCCUGAGGCAGAGGGCAAGGAGUAGGUACAACAGAGUAUAGGGGAAUUUAUCUUAAACAGGCUUGUUUCCUUUUAUUGACCAGGAAUUGACCUUUGAUCAUCAGUGCAAGUGAUGUUCCUUGAACUUUUUUGGUUUUAUUUUUCCUUCCUUCCUACCUUUCUUUCUUCUCUCCUUCCUCCUUUCCUUCUGCUAUGUGUUCCCAGGGCUGGUGUCAAAACUCUGUGCUCAAGCUGUUCUCCCAUUUCAGCUUCCCAAAGUGUUGAGAUUACAGGUUUGAGCCACCGUGCUCUGUCCUCUUUUCUUCUUUUUCCUUUCCAUUCUUCCUUUUCCUCUCUUCCUCCCUCCCUCCCUCCCUUCUUUCUUCUCCAUCUUCUUUUUUUUUUUUUUUUUCUAAGAUGGAGUCUGGCUCUGUCACCCAGGGAGUGAUGGGAAGCUCGCAGACUUAGACGCCAGAGGGACAUUUUCAGGGGCGAGUGCCACACAUGGCCUGCAGGGUGGACACGGUGGCUUCUCGGUCUGGCCGCCGGGUGACCAGAUGUGGGUGGCGAGCUGUGGCCAGUAGUCGUGGCUGCUGGCCUCUCGUUUGGGUGGACCAGGGAUUCAAAGCUUAGGAAGGAAGGUCGGCGGACUUAGAGGCUGGCUGUGGAAGUGGGCCGCCUUAGGGGAAAUAAGGUUCCAACGGGGACAGCUUCAGGCCACGAGUGCCAUACAUGGCCUGUAGGGUAGACACAGUGGGCAUCUGCUUCUGCCUCCACCACCAGCUGGCUUCUCUUUCUGGCCACCAGCUGUACAGGAUGUGGGCCACGAGCGUAGGACUUGGUCGCCAGCUGGAAAUGUUUAAGGUGGACCAGAUGGCUCUCGCCGGGACAGUAUAACUUUGGUCCAGCAGAGGCGUUAAAUGAUGGCUCACUGCGCUCUUCACCUUCCUAGGCUCAUCCAGGUGAUCCUCUUAUUUUGGCCUCCGAAAUAGCUGGGACUCUCCGGAUCUUUCUGUUUCUUUUUCUUUUUCUUUUUUUUUAGCCCCACUUUGAGUUUGUUUUCACAGUACAUUGAGUUCUGUUGUUUUUUUCUUUUUUUCUCUUUGUCUCUCGUGCUCCUUCCUGUACACUGAAGUUGCUGUUGUUUUAGAUUUCUUUCACCCAGGCUAAAGUGCAGGUGCAUGAUCACAGCUCACUGCAGCCUCGACCUCGCUGGGCUCGGGUGAUCCUCCCGUCUCAGACACCCCACUUCCCAGUAGCUGGGACUAAAGACAUGCGCCACCACACUGGCGCUUUAUUUUGUAUAUUUUACUUUUUAUUUUUGUAGAGAUAGGGUUCCAUCAUGUUUUCCAGGCUGAUCUCAAACUCCUGCAGUCAAACGAUCUGCUGGCCUCGACCUCUCAAAUUACUGAGCUUACAGGCAUGAGCCACCAUGACUGGUUCUAUCUAUAUCUAUCUAUCUGUCUAUCUGUGUGUGUCUCUAUCAAUCAAUCAUCUAUGUCUUUUUCUUUCUCUUUUUUUUUUUUUUUAGUAGAGACGUGUUCUUACUGUGUUUUUCAGGCUCUGGUCAUAUAUAUCCUUUUUUUUUUUUUAACUGUAAUUAUUAUUUUUUAAUAUAGGUGUUGUCUCACCAUGUGGCCCCCAGGAUAGUCUCAAACUCCUGGGCUCCAGAUAUUCUCCUGUCUUGGCCUCCCAAACUGUUGGGAUUACAGGCAUGAGCCACCGUGCCUGGUCUGGUCAUUUUUUUUUUUUUUUUUUUUUUUUUGGAGAUGGAGUUUCACUCUCAUUGCCCAGGCUGGGGUGCAAUGGCAUGAUCUUGGCUCACUGCAGUCUCCGCUUCCUGGGUUCAAGCAAUUCUCCUGCCUCGGCCUCCCGAGUAGCUGGGAUUAUAGGCAUGUGCCAGCACACUGGCUAAUUUUGUAUUUUUAGUAGAGAUGGGGUUUCUCCAUGUCGGUCAGGCUGAUCCAAACUCCCGACCUCAGGUGAUCCGCCCGCCUAGGCCUCCCAAAGUGCUGGGAUUACAGGCGGGAGCCACUGUGCCCGGCCCGGUCAUAUUCUUGAUGUGUUGAUUCUUCCCAAUCCAGAUGUAUAAUCUCAUCCCUGAACAUUUUUGAUGGUGUAAUUAUGACAUAUGACUUUACCCGGCACCAGAGUGAGCUGAUGCUCCUGCCUAGCUUACAGAAGGGAUUGUGACAUAUCACUGGACCCAGCACCAAAGUGAUGUAACUAUUCUACUGCUUUGGCACUUCCCACAACGGGCAUUGUGACAUAUUGCUGGGUCUUGUACCCAGGUGGUGUGAAUCUUCUCUCCAACCUGGCUCUUUCACAGGGGGCAUUGUGUCAUAUCGCCGGGCCCCACACAUAGGUUAUGUGAGUCUCCUGCCUGUGCCCUGUCCAUGUGGGCCAUUGUGACAUAUUGCUGGGUCCAACACCCAGGUGAUGUGACUCUACUGCCUAGGUCCUGCCUACAGAGGACAUUGUGACAUAACCCUGCACCCAUCACACAGGAGGAGAUUGUAACAUAUCCCUAAUUGAGCACCCAGGUGGUGUGACACUUCUGCCCUGUCCCUGCCCUCAGAGGAGAUUGUGACAUAUCACUGCCCCAAAACGCAGGUGCCUGUAAUUUCAGCUACUCUGGGGGCUGAGGCAGGAGAAUCGCUUAAACUUGGGAAGCAGAGGUUGCAGUAAGCCAAGGUCGCACCACUGCACUCCAGCCCAGGCGACAGUGUGAGACUCCAUCUCAAAAAAGAAAAAACGUGUGCUAACAAGACCCAGCACACAGAGGAGACUUUUACCGUUAUGUGAACACCCAUCAAACAGUACACAUCAUCAUUGUGAGUUCUGAAUCUCACACAUAGAGGAAGUCAAAGAUGGAAAAAUUGACUCUCAUAUUUGGAUCCAGUCCACAGGUGUGAUUUUUACACACACUUCUGCCCAGCACCUGAGUAAUGUGAUUCUUCAGAAUUGGCUCAGCCUACAAAUAGGAUUGUGCCAUACUGCUGGACCCAGCACCUAAGUGAUGUAACUCUAUUCUUCUGCCUUGGUGCUACUCGAAAAAGACAUUGUAACAUAUCUCAGAGCCUUGCACCCAGAUGGAGUUUUGCUUUGUCGCCCAGGCUGGAGGGUAGUGGCACGAUCUCGCUAACUACAACCUCCGCCUCCCAGGUUCAAGCGAUUCUCCUGCCUCAGCUUCGUGAGUAGCUGAAAUUACAGGGACUGUUGACAUUUAGGGAUGUGGCCAUAGAAUUCUCUCUGGAGGAGUGGCAAUGUCUGGACACUGCACAGCAGAAUUUAUAUAGGAAUGUGAUGUUAGAGAACUACAGAAACCUGGCCUUCCUGGGUAUUGCUGUCUCUAAGCCAGACCUGAUUACUUGUCUGGAGCAAGGAAAAGAGCCCUGGAAUAUGAAGCGACAUGAGAUGGUGGAUGAACCCCCAGGUGUAUGCCCUCAUUUUGCUCAAGACUUUUGGCCAGAGCAGGCCAUGGAAGAUUCUUUUCAAAAAGUAUUACCGAGAAAAUAUGAAAAAUGUGGACAUGAGAAUUUACAGUUAAGAAAAGGUUGUAAAACUGUGGAUGAGUGUAAGGUGCACAAAGAGGAUUAUAAUAAACUUAACCAGUGUGUCACAACUGCCCAGAGCAAAGUAUUUCAAUGUGGUAAAUAUUUGAAAGUCUUCUAUAAACUUUUAAAUACAAACAGACAUAUGAUAAGACAUACUGGAAGGAAACGCUUCAAACGUAAAAAAUGCGUCAAAUCAUUUUGCAUCCGUUUACACAAAACCCAACAUAAAUGUGUUUAUAUUACAGAGAAGUCCUAUAAAUGUAAGGAAUGUAAAAAAACCUUUCAUUGGUCCUCAACCCUUACUAAUCAUAAGAAAAUUCAUACUGAAGAUAAACCCUACAAAUGUGAAGAUUACGGCAAAGCUUUUAAGCAACUCUCAACCCUUACUACACAUAAAAUAAUUUGUGCUGAAGAGAAAAUCUACAAGUGUGAAGAAUGUGGCAAAGCAUUUCUAUGGUCCUCAACCCUAACUAGACAUAAGAGGAUACACACUGGAGAGAAACCCUACAAAUGUGAAGAAUGUGGCAAAGCUUUUAGGCAAUCCUCAACCCUUACUAAACAUAAGAUAAUUCAUACUGGAGAGACACCCUACAAAUUUGAAGAAUGUGGCAAAGCUUUUAGGCAAUCCUUAACCCUUACUAAACAUAAGAUAAUUCAUAGUAGAGAGAAACCCUACAAAUGUAAAGAAUGUGGCAAAGCUUUUAAGAAAUUCUCAACCCUUACUACACAUAAAAUAAUUCAUGCUGGAAAGAAACUCUACAAAUGUGAAGAAUGUGGCAAAGCUUUUAAUCAAUCCUCAAAUCUUUCUACACAUAAGAUAAUUCAUACUGGACAGAAGUCUUACAAGUGUGAAGAAUGUGGCAAAGCAUUUCUAUGGUCCUCAACCCUAACUAGACAUAAGAGGAUACACACUGGAGAGAAGCCCUGCAAAUGUGAAGAAUGUGGCAAAGCUUUUAGCCAUUCCUCAACCCUUGCUAAACAUAAGGUAAUUCAUACUGGAGAGAAACCCUACAAAUGUAAAGAAUGUGGCAAAGCUUUUAGCAGUUCCUCAACCCUUACUAAUCAUAAGAUAACUCAUACUGAAGAGAAACCCUACAAAUGUAAAGAAUGUGGCAAAGCUUUUAAGCGACUCUCAACCCUUACUAAACAUAAAAUAAUACAUGCUGGAGAGAAGCUCUACAAAUGUGAAGAAUGUGGCAAAGCUUUUAAUCGAUCUUCAAAUCUUACUACACAUAAGAUAAUUCAUACUGGAGAGAAACCUUACAAGUGUGAAGAAUGUGGCAAAGCAUUUAUCUGGUCCUCAAGCCUUACUAAACAUAAAAGAAUUCAUACUAGAGAGAAACCCUUCAAAUGUAAAGAAUGUGGCAAAGCAUUUAUAUGGUCUUCAACCCUAACUAGACAUAAGAGGAUACACACUGGAGAGAAGCCCUACAAAUGUGAAGAAUGUGACAAAGCUUUUAGCCAUUCCUCAACCCUUACUAAGCAUAAGACAAUUCAUACUGGAGAGAAACCCUACAAAUGUAAAGAAUGUGGCAAAGCUUUUAAGCACCCCUCAUCCCUUACUAAACAUAAAAUAAUACAUACUGGAGAGAAACUCUACAAAUGUGAAGAAUGUGGCAAAGCUUUUAAUCAAUCUUCAAAUCUUACUACACAUAAGAUAAUUCAUACUAAAGAGAAACCUUCCAAGAGCGAAGAAUGUGACAAAGCAUUUAUCUGGUCCUCAACCCUUACUGAACAUAAGAGAAUUCAUACCAGAGAGAAAACCUACAAAUGUGAAGAAUGUGGGAAAGCAUUUAGCCAACCUUCACACCUUACUACACAUAAGAGGAUGCACACUGGAGAGAAACCCUACAAAUGUGAAGAAUGUGGCAAAGCUUUUAGCCAAUCCUCAACCCUUACUACACAUAAGAUAAUUCAUACUGGAGAGAAACCCUACAAAUGUGAAGAAUGUGGCAAAGCUUUUAGGAAAUCUUCAACUCUUACUGAACAUAAGAUAAUUCAUACUGGAGAGAAGCCCUACAAAUGUGAAGAAUGUGGCAAAGCAUUUAGUCAAUCCUCAACCCUAACUAGACAUACGAGGAUGCACACUGGAGAGAAACCAUACAAAUGCGAAGAAUGUGGCAAAGCUUUUAAUCGAUCCUCAAAGCUUACUACACAUAAGAUAAUUCAUACUGGAGAGAAACCUUACAAGUGUGAAGAAUGUGGCAAAGCAUUUAUAUCAUCCUCAACCCUAAAUGGACAUAAGAGAAUUCAUACUAGAGAGAAACCCUACAGAUGUGAAGAAUGUGGCAAAGCAUUUAGCCAAUCCUCAACCCUAACUAGACAUAAGAGGUUGCACACCGGAGAGAAACCCUACACAUGUGGAGAAUGUGGCAAAGCCUUUAAAGAGUCCUCAGCUCUUACUAAACAUAAGAUAAUUCACACUGGAGAGAAACCCUACAAAUGUGAAAAAUGUGGCAAAGCCUUUAACCAGUCUUCAAUCCUUACUAACCAUAAGAAAAUUCAUAGUAGAGAGAAACCCUACAAAUGUAAAGAAUGUGGCAAAUCUUUUAACCGGUCUUCAACCUUUACUAAACAUAAGGUAAUUCAUACUGGAGUAAAACUCUACAAAUGUGAAGAAUGUGGCAAAUCCUUUUUCUGGUCCUCAGCCCUAACCAGACAUAAGAAAAUUCAUACUGGACAGCAACCCUACAAGCAGGAAAAAUUUGGCAAAGCCUUUAACCAGUUUUCACACCUUACUGCAGAUAAGAUAACUCAUAUUGGAGAGAAAUCUUACAAGUGUGAAUAAUGUGGUAAAGUCUAUAAAAAGUCCUGGAUUCUUAACAGACAUAAGAUUAUUCAUACUGGAGAAAAACUCUACAAACCUGAAAGAUGUGCCAAUGCUUUUGACAAGUCAAACUUUUCUAAACAUCAAGAAAAUCAUGCUGCUGAGAAAUCCUAGAAAUGUGAAGAAUGUGACAAAGCCUCUAAAUGAUUGUCACACUUGAUUGUAAGAUAAUUCAUACUGGAGAAAACUACCAGUGUGAACAAUGUGGCCAAGCUUUGAACCAAUGCUCACACCUUAAUGCGUAGGAAAGCAUUUAUACUUGAGAAAAAGUGUACAAAUAUAGACAAAGUUAAAAAGCCAUUAAUACCUGCUCACAUCAUACUCAAAAUCAGAGCGUUCAUGCUAAAUAAAAACAUUAGAAGUGUAAUUACUGUCCAAAGAUCGAUCAGGAAAUAUGUCUUUAAAGUACAGAAGAUAUUUAUUUUGAAAAACCAUUAUAAAUAUGAGGAAGCAUUAUUUAUGACCUUUUCUAUGGAAAGGUAAGGACAUUAAAAUGUAAGAUGCAUGAUGAAAAUUUAAGUAGAGAAUAUCUUUAUGGUUAACUUAUAAUAUUGAGUGAUGCAUGAGGUAGGUGUUCAGAUUAAUAUUCUGCAUUAUUAUGAAAGAAAAAUAUUGUUAAUUUUAGUUAAAAUUUAGUAUGAUUUAUUGUAUUUUUAUGAAAUAUAUGCAGCAUAUUUUUUAAUUAUAAAUUACAUGUGAACUUAACUUUUCAACUAAACAGUUUUAACAUGUUAAAUACUAUCGUGAAUUCAAUGAAGUGUUAUUAUGCCAGUAACUUUAACCUAUUCCAUCUUACUCAAGGGUGUAGGUAAAAGAUGGUAAAAAUACACUAUUUGGUAAGAUAAUGGACUGACAUCCCUAGUAAUCUUUUUUGCCAGUGAAUUUUAAUUGCUAUUAAGUUAAAGAAUAUUUUUCCUAUAGGCUAAAUUUUUAUUUUCACAUUUAAAUUUAUUUUCCUUAAUUUUUGUGGAUACCUAGUAUGUGUACAUAUUUAUGCCAUAUGUGGCAUAUUUUGAUACGGGCAUACAAUAUAUAACAAUCACAUUAGACUAAAUGCGGUCUCCAUUACCUUUAGCAUUUAUUCUUUGUAUUACAAGCAAUUCAAUUCUACAGUUCUAGUUAUUUUUAAAUGUACAAUUGUUAUUGACUACAAGAUUAUUUUUAUGGUCAUAAUAAAACUUAUAUACAAACAUAAGUAAAAUCCAUA